AUGGGCAACCUGGAUGCCGACAUCUCGAUCUGCCCUCUGCCCUCUGCCCUCACCCUUGGCCUCGCCGUCCACGUCGCCUCUUGCACUUCCGCUUCUGCUUCCGCCUCCCCCGCCUCCCCCUCCACGUCCAGCUCUGCUGCUGCUGCUGCUGCUGCUGCUCCUCCUGCUCCUCCUGCCACGCCGCCCCUUCCCGGCAUCUCUGCCCGUGUGGCUGCCGUGGCUUCGUGCCACCAGCCUUGUUUGCAUCCACACGGCCAGGGCAGAGUGAGCGUCGCCUCCCCGGAGCCCGGCGCUUCCGCGGAGCCCACGACGCUGCCUGGCAGGUUCCAUGGCAUCCACCACCAGUCUGUCGCAGUGUCUAGGUGUAGGCGUACCCCGUGCCCGUGUGGCUAG